AUGGACUCACUCUUUGUGAGUGCGUUCGUGUUCGCUAUACAUGAGGCCAGGAUGCUCAGUAGCAAUUUGCCCAUCGUCCCACAGGACUUCACGGCUGCCCAGCCUGAGACGCUCCGUCUGUACCCUCUCUCGAAUUACACCUUUGGAACAAAGGAGAACCAGCCCGAGGAGGACAGCUCUGUGGUCGAGCGCCUCAAGCGCCUGGAAGAUCAGUACAACCUUCAUGGAAUUCGCCGAACUUGCGAGGGCAUCUUGAUCUGCCAUGAACACGGCGUUCCCCACGUCCUGAUGCUCCAGAUCGCCAAUGCCUUCUUCAAGCUGCCCGGCGACUACAUCAACCCCGCGGAUCAGGAGCUUGAGGGCUUCAAGAGGCGCCUGAACGAGCGUCUUGCUCCCACUGGCACCCAAUUCACCGGCGAGGGGGUCAAUGGCGACUGGGACAUUGGUGAUUGUCUCGCCCGCUGGUGGCGUCCUAACUUCGAGACUUUCAUGUACCCUUUCGUCCCGGGUCACUGCACCCGCCCCAAGGAAUGCAAGAAGCUGUUCUUGAUCAAGCUUCCCAAGAAGAAGGUUCUUUCGGUCCCAAAGAACAUGAAGCUCCUUGCUGUUCCUCUAUUUGAGCUGUACGACAACAGCGCCCGCUAUGGUCCCCAGCUUUCGGCCAUCCCCCACCUCCUUUCCCGCUACAACUUCGAGAUGGUUGACGAGAAUGACGAAGUCAUUGCUGUGACUCCUCUUUCGCACGAGAUCGACCCCCGUACCCAGGCCCCCCGCCCCUCCACCAACGCCGCCACCAAUGGAUCCGCCGCUGGCGACCUUGGUAACGACACCGAUACUGGCAUGAGUGGCCUGGAUGACCAGCAGGAAGGUCAGGCCAUCGAGUCCCACCAGGGCUAG